UUGGAAAUUGUUUCUCUUAAAUACAACCGCCGCCUCUUUCAAUCGGAAACACGAAUCGGAGAAAAAAAUGGGGGCGGAGGCCGAGAAUAAUCAGCAAGCACCAACACCUGCGACAAAUCCGAGUCCCAAUCCUAUCACAGAAGCUCAAUUCGCUGCCUGGAAACGCCGAAAGGAUGCAGAUGCUGAUGCCAUAAAAGCGGCAGCUGCAAGGAAGCGUGAGGAGGAUAUAGCAGCGGGAGUGGUUCAGAUGAACGGCCGUGAACUCUUUGAGCGGGAACCAUGGGUUUUCGAUGACACAAAUUACUAAGGAAGAUCAUUGAUCUUGUAUGAUGGUGUAUUUCAGUAUUUGCAUGGUUGCAAAAUUGAAACGAUCGAUGGGAUUUUGUGUUGGAGAAAAAUCUUAUACUAUACUGAAACAAAGUUGUAUCUCAGAUUAUAUUAUAUGCGUCGAAUUUGAGUUUUUAUUAGUAUAUGUGAAGUUUAUUACUCUUUUUA